AUGACACAGCCAGCUGGAAUAGGAGGGAGAGGCGGAACAGUUCUCGCUGUAAUCUGGGCCGAGAACUUUUUGACCCUGAUCUUAAUCGGCCUCCGAUUUUACACUCGACAUUUCAUCAGGGGGAAAGUCGGAUGGGAUGACUAUUGGCUUAUCGUCACUUGGCUCCUGAUGGUGAUUUUCGGUGCAUUGACAUCCGUGGGCGUCGGCCAUGGAAUGGGCCAGCAUUACGCUGACCUUACGACUGAGCAAUUCGCAGACGGCGUGUUCUAUAUUACCUGCGCACAGGUCAUUGCGGCUUUUGCUAUCGGAAUGUGCAAGGUGAUCGUAGCUACCUUCUUGCUGCGCAUCGUGACUGCUACUUGGCAACGAUGGUUUCUAUGGUUCUGCAUUGGUUCAAUGAUGCUACUGAGUCUUAUUCUUAGCAUUGCUGUGUUUACUCAGUGCUCACCUGUAGAGUCGAUAUGGAAUCCGCUUUUGGCAGACAAGAAGGUCUGCCACAUCAACCUCACAAUCCUCGCCUUUGUGGACUGUUCAUACGCCGCCUUCUUGGAUUUCGUUCUGGCUGCAUUCCCCUGGAUAGCUCUCCGGAAUCUCAACAUGAAGAGAAAGGAGCGCAUUACUAUCUGCAUUUCUCUCAGUCUGGGCGUUUUUGCUGGAAUUUGUGGUGUCAUCCGAACCUCUGGACUUAAUGUUCUGAAUCGGACUGAUGACUAUCUCUAUGCCGUAUCGGACAACUACAUGUGGACAUUUACCGAAGUAUCGACAACCAUCGUCUGCGUGACGAUCGGGUCAUUCCGUCCUCUUUGGAACAAGCUGCGUGGUCACGACUCGAGCUCGGGUGGCGGCUACCAACAGCACAACUCCUCGGGCUACGGAGGCACUGGUCCUUACCAGCUCAGCUCAUAUUCUCGCAGCAAGAAGAGCGGCGGUAAGAAGACGAAUACAUUUACCAGCCGUAGCGACAAGGACGACGUUGAGGCCAUAGCGGGCACCAUGACCAAGACCACGAUCAAGAACGACAGCGACGAGACGAUUCUGCUACAAGGGAAUGGCAAUAUUGUCAGGGUCAACGAGAUCACAAUCACAUACGAGGAUACGAAGAAGGAGGGCGAGGCAAGCGGCCCAAUUGUUCGAUGA